AUGGGAUCCCACUGUAACAGUUCCUCACUCUCUGUUGCUGCUCACACUUUUGCUGCAGAAAUUCCCGACUUCCUGACAGAGGAGGAGUGCAAGCUCAUUGUCCAUCUGGCACAGCUGAAGGGACUGCAGAAGAGCCAGAUCCUCCCAACGGAUGACUAUGAGGAAGCCAUGGAAAUGAUAGAAAUCAGCCAGAUGGACAUUUUCAAUCUGCUGGACCACAAUCAGGAUGGGCAGCUGCAGCUCAAAGAGGUGUUGACCCACACCCGGCUUGGGAACGGCAGGUGGAUGACCCCCGAAAACAUCCGUGAGAUGUACACUGCGGUCAAGGCUGAUCCUGAUGGGAAUGGUGUGCUGAGUUUGGAGGAGUUCAAACAACUGAAUAUCCGUGAUUUCCACAAGUAUAUGGGAAGCCAGAAAGUGAAGAUGAGUGACUUGGUGCGCAACAGCCAGCACACCUGGCUGUACCAGGGCGAGGGGGCACACCAGGUCAUGAGAGCCAUAAGGCAAAGGGUAAUGCGCCUGACUCGCUUGCCCCCUGAGAUUGUGGAGCACAGCGAGCCCCUCCAGGUUGUACGGUACGACCAAGGAGGGCACUACCAUGCCCACAUGGACAGUGGCCCUGUCUUCCCCGAGACUGCCUGCAGCCACACCAAGCUGGUCGCCAAUGAGAGCGCUCCCUUUGAGACCUCCUGCCGGUAUGUGACAGUGCUGUUCUACCUGAACAAUGUGACUGGGGGAGGUGAAACAGUCUUUCCUAUAGCUGAUAACAGGACAUAUGAAGAGAUGUCUUUGAUCCAGAACGACGUUGACCUGCGAGAUACUCGGAAAAACUGUGACAAAGGCAAUUUGCGAGUGAAACCUCAGCAAGGCACUGCUGUCUUCUGGUACAACUACCUGUCAGAUGGAGAAGGCUGGGUGGGGGAGCUGGACGACUUUGCCCUGCACGGGGGCUGCCUGGUCACCCAGGGCACCAAGUGGAUCGCCAACAACUGGAUCAAC